AUGUCGCCCUUUAUCAACGACCACCCCGCCGAGGCCAACGUUCCCACCAACGACUUCAAAGCGCGCAACACUACCGCUGGGUCUCCCUUCCACGAGACCAGUGUCCACGACUACACCCCGUCAGACCCCAAGGAACGUACCUCGUUUUUCGCACUCAUCCAACCCCCGCCCGAGCCCAAGACCGAGCUGGGCGUGUACCGUCUGCUCUCCCCGAGCGCUGGAAUCCGUGUGUCGCCCCUGUGCCUUGGCGCCAUGAACCUCGGUACCCAGUGGACGGGUCUGUUUGCAGGCAAGACGCUCGACCUCGACGGUGCGUGCAAGUACCUCGACACCUACUACGACAGUGGAGGUAACUGGGUCGACGUCGCCAGCAACUACCAGGAUGGCCAGAGCGAGUACAUCGUCGGUGAAUGGAUGAAGCGCCGUGGUAAUCGCGACGACAUGGUCAUUUCCACCAAAUAUACCUCCAACUAUAUGAUUCGCAAGGAAGGCUUCUACCAGGGUAUUGGGAUCAACUACACGGGCAACCAGAAGAAGAGCCUCAUGCUUUCGCUCAAAAAGUCGCUCGCGGCACUGCAGACUUCGUACCUGGACAUUCUCUACGUCCACUACUGGGACUACACCACCUCGAUCCCCGAGAUGAUGCAGUCCCUCAACGACGUGGUGCGUUCCGGCUCGGUCCACUACCUCGGGAUCAGCGACACGCCCGCAUGGAUUGUCGCGGCCGCCAACGACUAUGCCGCAGCGCACGGCAUGGCCCAGUUUGUCAUCUACCAAGGUAAAUGGAACCUGGGUGAACGAGACAUGGAGCGCGAGAUCAUCCCCAUGUGCCAGCACUACAAGAUGGGCAUUGCUCCGUGGGGCGUCCUCACCCAGGGCCGCCUCCAGGCAGCCCACACCGGCGAGGAGAGGAACAUGAACGUCCCACCACUCCCCAACGACAGUGGCGCUGUCGCAAAGCUUGCAGAGAUCGCGAAAGAGCUCGGCGGUGUUUCCGUCAGUUCAGUGCUUAUCGCAUGGAUUCGCCAGAAGGCCUCUUACGUCUUCCCCAUCAUCGGCGGCCACAACGCCACGCACCUCAAGGAGAACAUUGACGCUCUCAAGAUCACCCUCAGCAACGCGCAGAUGGCCGCCUUGGACCAGUCGGCCGCGUUCGACCCCGGGUUCCCGUUUAACCUGUUCGGCACGGACCCGCACGCCAACCCCGGCGGCAUGCCCAACUCGCCCUUCACUGGUACUGCUGGCCAGAUCAGGUUUGUUCCUCGCGCUUGA